AUGGAUUCAGAAUCUCUAAACGUUUCUCUGGUUUCAGGGGAAGUGACCGGGGUGGAGUGCGACUUCUGCCACGUCCUCUUUUCCUCUCCCGAAGUGAUGGAGAAGCACCGGAAGUACAGUCACUCGCACAUGGGGCCGGACAGGAGGCACCGCUGCCCCCACUGCGAAUACUCCACGGACAGAGCUAGUCACAUGAGACGUCACCUGGCCGCCCACGACGGGGUGAAGAGUCACAAGUGCCCCGAGUGCGGAAGGGCCUUCACUCAAAAGCAAGAUCUCGCCCGACACGUCCGCACGCACACCGGAGAGAGGCCGUUCCGGUGCGGUGCGUGCGGAAAGGGGUUCACGCAGAAGGGCAACUUCCUCAGACACGAGAGGAUCCACAGCGGGGAGCAGCCCUUCCUCUGUCCGGAGUGCGGGAAGGGAUUCAACCGGCAGAGUAGUCUCACCGAUCACCUCCGGACCCACACGGGACAGAGACCCUACAGAUGCACCCAGUGCCCCUACAGGAGUGCGCGGUCAUCUGAUCUAAAGGAGCACGUCAUCGCCCAACACUCGAAGGACUAUCCUCACGUGUGCGAAGAAUGCGGGAAAGGAUUUGUGAAGCCUGGAAAAAUGAGCAAACACAAGACAAAAGCACAUAAAAAUAAUUAA